GUUGCAAAUUGGAAUACAUCAUAGAAUCCAAAAAAUAUAGUGUGCAGCGGACAAAAUUAUGAAAAAUGAUGAUGUUGGGAAUCCGAAUAUAUUGUAAAAUCCAAAAUGCAGUGACACAAUUAUCGGAUCGUGACAAAGAGGUGGUCCAAAUUGGAAUCAACCCCAACAAUAAUAAAACCCCAAGGUUCAAUCUGCAAAAGUGAUCUUCUCUGACGAUGGCGAUAUAAAACCACCGGGCAUGGCACGGCACCGCACUCUGUCUGCAUUAUUGCGCUUUCCUUCAGUCGACCACACCUGAGAGCUCACGCCGUCCGUAAGAGGCAACCAAUGGCGUCCACGGAGGAGCUGCCGUCGUUCAGGACGCCGGGCACCGUGCCCUUCAAGUGGGAGCUCCAGCCGGGCAUCCCGAAGCAGCCGCCAUGCCACGCAGCCGCCGCUACAGCGCCACCGUCGUUGGCGCCGCUGCAGCUCCCUCCGAGGCUCGCGCUGCCCCCCGGCGCCGCCGCACGCGCUGCGUCCAGCGGCGGCGCGCGGUGGACCUGCCCCGCCUCGACGUCGGCGCGGUGGACCUUCACGGGCGUGUCGUCGGCAGCGCUGCUGUCGCCGCCGUCGACGGCGACUGCGACUGCGACGGCCCCACGGCACCGGCGGUCCAUGUCCGCGCGGUUCGCGACGUCGCUGACGCUGCCGUUCACGCGGCCGCGGCGGCGUGGCCGGUCCAGGGAGGACGCCGACGUCGCGUUCGCCGCCCUCUACGGCGACAGCAUCGUGCAGUAGUAGAUGCGUGCGUGUCGUGUCUCGCUCUCGCCAGAUUGUGAUUAGUCACUAAUAUAUUAUAGAUUGCCUCUGUCAUAAUACUACCUCCAUCCAGUCUCUGUAGAUUGCCUCUUAGUUACCAGCUGCCAAUCUGCAAAAGAACAGUAGUUUCCAAGUGUCAAAAACAGACGUAACUGCUUAUUAUAUAUAUGUCAGAAUUUUGUUUCA